AUGCAGGAAUGGUUAGAUCUAUUGUUUCACGGCCCUCUGUUGUUCCUCCUCCCUACGCCCAACAAUUCUACGCUCAACGCUAUCAAUGCAGGAAUGGCCAAGACAAGGAGUAUGACCAGAAACCAGAAUCAUGAUUAUGAUGCAUCAUUAUCAUCAUCUAGCAGGAACACGAGUUUUGACAAGGAUCAUGUAGGACCUUGGUCAGAUGUUAAUCAUGACGUGCUUUUUCUAGUUAUGAUGCAACUAAGAGUUGUUGAUUUUAUUGCAUUCAGAGGAGUUUGCAAGUCAUGGAGGUCAUUUGCAGUAUCUAAGAGUAGCAUGUUUUUGGCGUCUAAACCACCCAUGAAGAUAAGUAUCAAUCCCCAUGCUAAUAAUCAAGACUGCUACAUCUACCUGAAGGAGGACUUUGAAGAGCCAAUGUUUAAAACCAUCCUUCCCCAUUCAGCUGGCAGGAUCUGUAUUGGAUCAACUUGUGGUUACCUGAUCUUGUUCAGUAGUGAAACCCGUGACUUCUGGCUUGUGAAUCCAAUCACAAGGCAUGAGCUUCAUUUCCCUGAUUUCCCAUUAUGUGUUGCUGAUCUGCCUACUCAUGAAAAAGAAAUGAGGACUAUCAAGGGUAUCCUUGUCUUUUCACCUUCAAUAUCGGGGCGGGUGUUUGUUGUGUUAAGUUCAAAAUUAUCGCUAUCUUUUUAUAUCGCGGGUAAACCAGGAUGGAAUCAUGUCUCCUCUUCUCUCCCCAUCGUUGAUGUACAUGUUUUUAAAGGGAAGAUAUAUACUCUACACUCUGAUUGUUCUUUAGGUGAACUUAGACUCAAUCUGAACUCAAAGUGGAAGGGAAAAUGGAUGUUACUUAAAACAAAGAGUUUUCCGAAGCCAGACUUGUACAUUCUGCAACUUGUGAGUUCAAAUGAAAAGCUUUUAGUGAUAAAUUGGGUUUCAAAACAGAAAAUUUUCAUGGAACUAGAUUUUGGGAAAUGA